CUCAACACUUGUAUAAUUAGAUCAAAUAUCACUCACCUUAUUUAGAAUUAUCUCUAGAAUCAUAAGAGUUUUAAUAAAUUGCUUUUGUAAAAAUGAAAACAUGGACAUAACUUUAAGCAAAAAUGAAUAAUUAUAGAGAGAAACAUGCUAAAAUGAUAACAAACUUAGGCAGAGACUAAUGUAUAAAAAUGGAUACAAAUAAAAUCAAAAAAAUACCUAAUAGAGGUUAUUUUGACUAAUGGAGAUUCUCAAAUGUAUAUAAUAAAGAAUUCUUAACAAGAGAUCAUUUAAUGGAGCAUAAGCAAAUAUUGGAAUCAUUUAGGAAAUAAAUGGAUUAAAAAACUAGACGAAAUAAAUGAAUGGGUAAAUUCAGAUAAAUAAUUUAAUAAAAACACUGCAAAG